UUAAAAAAAAAUAUAAUAGAAUGUCUUCAAUAUCAUUAGAAACUAAAAAGGAAUAUAUAGACACAGAGGUAUUAUUAAGAAAUAGAGAAAAUUUAAAACAACAUACAUUCAAUAAUACUGCAACCCCGCAACCUCAAAACUAUAGCGAAAAAUCAAGAUUAUUAAAUAAUAACAAUAAUAAUAGUAAUGGAAAUGUUUAUAAAUACAAGUUAAGCUUUUUCGAAAAGUUUUCAUAUGGUAUUGGUGAGGGAGGUCUAUCAAUUUUCCAAAUGAUCAAAGGUUUUUUUUUAAAUUCAUUUCUUUUAAAUGUAGCACAAGUAGAUCCAACAUAUACAGCAUUAAUUUUAUUUACAGCAAAAUUUGUUGAUGCGUUCAGUGAUGUAUUCGUUGGAAAUUUAAGUGAUAGAACUAAAAGUAGAUGGGGUCGUAGAAGAGUUUGGAUAUUGUUUGCAUCGCUACCAUUUGCAAUUUUAUAUUGUGCAUUAUGGUAUGUGCCCAAUACAAGUGGUGUGGGACGUUUAAUCUAUUAUCAAGUUAUUGUCAUUGCUCUCAGUAUAGCGUAUACAUGUGUUGCUAUUCCAUACAGUGCAAUGAAUGCUGAAAUCACAGAAGAUUACGAUGAAAGAACUUCUUUAGCUGGUAUUAGAAUGAUAUCUUUAAUGAUUGGUGGUCUUAUAAGUUCAUUUUCACAUUCACUCAUUAUCAAGGUAUUUCAUACUUAUACAGCAAAUGGCACAGAGUUGAUAGACUAUCAAAGGGGUUAUCUAUUAUCAGGUGGAAUUUGGGGUGGCGCUAUGUUAAUUCCUUUAGCAAUCACAUUUAUAGGCACUAGAAAUAUCCCAACAGAAAAUACAGUGGAAUCACACAUACCAUUUUUUAAAGGUUUACUAGUAAUGUUUUCAAAUCGUGCAUUUAUCACUGUAACAUUAUUAUAUUUCUUUUGUCAAAUUGCAGUUCAAUUUGUUCAAAACAACUUACUAUUAUAUUGUACAUAUGUAGCAGAUGCAGAAAAAGAAUUUCCAUAUAUUUUAGCAACCUUGCAAAUUUCAGUAUCAUUUUUUAUAUUUUUUUGGGGUAAAGUAUCACAAUACAUCGGCAAAAAGAUUGUAUACUAUAUCGGUGGUGUAUUUUUAUUAUUAAGUUUUGUCGCACUCUAUUUCUUACCAAAUGGAUCAACGAAUUUAUUGUGGGGUACUGCAGCAUUCAGUGGUGUUGGUGUAUCUGCAGCAUUUUUGGUGCCAAUGUCAAUGUUACCAGAUGUUGUCGAAUUGGAUGAGUUAAAAACCGGAGAACGUAGAGAAGGUCUAUUCUAUAGUUUGUUUUUAUUUUUCCAAAAAUUAGGUUUAUCAGUCGGUUUAGCAGUAUCAAGUUUUGUAUUGGGUUUAGCAGGUUACGAAGCACCAAAAGAAGUUAAUUCCUCAGAUGGUAUUUCAACAGAAAUUAUAGAUACAAAUACUCAAAACAAAGAUGUUAUUUUUGCACUUAGAUUAUUAACUGGUGUUGUACCCGCCGUAAUUGUAUUAUUUAGUUUUGUUGCAGUUUUCUUUUAUCCAAUUUCAAAAUCAUCUCACAAUGAAAUCCGUGAAUUAUUAAAAAGAAAGAGAGAAGGUGCAUCUGUAACAGUUGAUGAUAUAAAAUAUUAAUAAAUAAAUAAUAUAAAAUAUAAUAAAUAAAAUAAUAAUAGUUUAUAAAUAAUUAUUAGUAUAAUAAUAAUAUUAAAAAACUGUAUUAUUUAAAAAACUAAAAUAUAAAUAAAAACUAAAAAACUAAAAAACUAAAAAAAUUAAAAUAAAUAAAAUAAACCAUAUUUAAAUUAAU